AUGAUUUCUGACAUUAUAACUGAUCGCAGAUGGUCUUUGACUACUGAGCUUCAACAGAUAUGUCAUAAUGUGCAACUACCUGAAAUUUGUGGUGGAGAAGAUGUUUUAAUAUGGACAGAAAACUUAAAAGGUAAAUUUUCUAUGCCUGAUGCUUUUAAAAAGAUUAGACAUAAGGAGCAAGAAGUAAAUUGGCAUAACUAUAUAUGGAAUUCCUUUCUUCAUCCUUCUACUGCCAACAAUGUAUGGAAGAUUAUUCAAGGUAUUUACACAGAUGAUACUAAAAUAAUUAUCAAUGGAUAUGAAAUUAUAUCAAGAUGCUGCAUUUGUGAGUCUGAGCAGGAUAGUAUGAAACACUUGCUGUGGGAAUGCAAAUUCAGCAUUGAUAUAUGGAGGUGGAUUUGCUCAAUAUUCCAAUUUGUCCAGCCUAAAUCUCUUGCAGAUAUCUGGAGAAGUGCUUCAAAAUGUAUCUCUCUUAUAAAACAGGUAUGGAUAACUGCUGCAUGCACCAUUCUCAAGGAAUUAUGGUUCCAAAAGAACAAGAAAUUCUUUGAAAAUAUCAAGCCAAAUGCUCAGGCCUUCAAAUGUAGAAUUCUAAAAUUAGUCCAUGAAGGAGGUUUGAGAAUUACAGUAACCAAAUGGAAUCAAACUUAUGAUAAUGAAAUAAUAACAAGAUUUGAUUUGGGAACUAGAUUUUCCAAAUUUCAGCUCACUAAAAGUUGUCAAUGGAGUCCACCUGAAAUUGGAUUUGUUAUGUUCUGCUGUGAUGAAUCUUCUUUUGGAAAUCCUGGUGCUGCAGGAUUUGGAGUAGUGGUAAGAACUUCAGAUUGUCAGGUGGUUGCAACCUUAUCUGGAGGUAUUGAGAUUGCUUCCAAUUAUUUGGCAGAAUCCUAUGGAGUUAUAUGUGCAAUGGAAUUGGCAGCUCAAUGGAACAUGAAGAAGAUUAUAAUUGUGUCAGACUCAAAAACAGUAAUUGCAGAAUUUGCUCAAGGUGAUGUUCCCUGGUUUGUUAAAGGAAGAUGGUUGAAAGCUAUAAAGCAAUUCACACACAUUAGAUAUAUGCAUUGUUACAGGGAGGUCAAUUUCUCUGCUGAUAAUGUUGCCAAAAGGGGUGCUUUGCUAGCUGCAGGGGAAAGGCAAAUCCACAUUGGCAGGCCUCAGUUUUUGCCCAGAAUUGAGAUGCCCAAUGUUGGUUAUUUCAGAUUCUGUUAA